AAGUGGCCAGUGCUCACACUACAAGCCUGAAUGGUGAGGAGGAGGAGGGAGCAAUUGGUGGGGAGGUGAUUCCCUACAAGAAGCUGGUGCAGAGUCUGGAGAAGGCCGUCAAUAGAUUCCAGGAUGGAUCAUGCAGCAACUGUGCCUCUCUCUCUUGGUGAGUGACUCCAUCGAGCCACCACCCAAGGAAGCCCCUCCAAAGGCCACAGAGGAGGAAGGCAGUGUUGUCAUUCUGGAUGCCAAGCUGUUCUGCAAGCAGCAGGAGAAGGAGGUGGCAGAGAAGAUCAAGGAGAGCCUGGCAGUGACUGAGUAUGCCAAGCCAUCCAGUGCAUUGGUGCUGAGUGGUGUGUCCAGCAGUGUGGUGCAGUACACAGUGUUUGAAAUGCAGCUGUCCUUUACUGUGCUGGAUACAGAGGGUGCACCCACCAGUGACCUGGGCCACAAGAGUGAUCCCUCGCAGGUCACGGCAAGUCUCUUGGGAGGUCCGCCAGGUGCCAUCGUCAUGGGCACCACAACAGUUCCCAACAGGAAUGGCACUGCCAUCUUCACCAACCUGUCUGUCAGCAAGCCCGGGGAAGGCUACAACCUCACUUUCACCAUCACCUACCCCAGCUAUGCUCUAGCCCUCACCACCACCCUGGAGGAGACCUUCAGCUUGACACAGAUGAGUGCAGCAAUGGUCCUGCAGCAGCCCAGCAUAGUGCAGGCCGGACAACCCACCACCAUCACUGUUCACUUUGUUGACAAGGACUCUGGCUUGGUGCUUAAUGGCCUGGCUUUCAAGGCCAGACAUUUGUGGGCAAACUGCUGGCAAAGACUGCUGAGGGACACUUUGAGGUUAUCCAGAGGUAUGCCAAGCUGUAUGUACCAGAUGAGGCCGUGUCAAUGCUCACCUUUGAGAACGUCAUAUUUGAGGCGCCAGACGUGAGACAGCAACUCAUAGCCAAGGUUGCUGUCGUCUCCGCUAGCUGACUAUUAAAGAUGCAGAAUCCUUGCUGAACCAUCACUGGAACCAUGAAAACACCCCUGAAAACACCAUAACAAC